AUGGCUACCGCAGCGCAGCUCUAUCCGACAUCCUUCCACUGCCCAUACCCUCUCACCCUGGUAGGCACGUCUUGGGUCUGCGAUCUGGACCACCUUGCGGAGGCUAGGCGAUCUCAAUGUGCCGUCGUCACAAUUGGACCCAGGAACGACUCUUUUGUGACGCAGGUCCUUGAGGCUGCCCCGGAUUGCCUGACCACGGCCUACACACCGGGCUCCGCGCAAUUCGGACAUGGUCGCAUCUACAUGACGACAGGCGGCGGAAGCCAUCCCGGGGGCCGAGGCUGGGUCGGGCUGGGUCAACCGCGGGGACCGAGCGCCGGAUCGCCGCAGUUGGUGCAACAAGCUCGAGAUGUUCAUGAUUCCUGCGGUGAAGACAAGCAUACUUACACGCUGGAGCGGUUGUUGGGCGGGCCCAAGACGAGGCCUGUGGACAUUCUGCGAAUCGACUUGCCCUUCAGCGAGACAGUCCGUGCCCUGAUGUCGCUUCCAAACCUGGCGCCGUCGACCUUGGGCGACGACGCACAGGUGCUCCCGGUAGGACAACUAGUUCUUGUGAUACGACCAGAAGACCAUUACGAUGACAUGCUUGAUGCGACGGCUUUCCAUGGCUUGUGGGAAUCACUCGAACGUGUGGGUAUGAGACCGUUCGCUGUCCACGAGCGAGACGACGACGCUGUGGAGUAUUCAUUUCUAAACAUCCGUGCGCUCAUUAUGGCACCGUCGAGGUGA